UCGGAUCAAGCAUAUGCAAUUGUAUCGAAUCGCUUCCAUGGUUCCACAAAGUUUGCUUCUCCAAGUGACCUCACCCACCUGUUGGCCUUCCUGCCUCAAUGUACAACUAGACAAACACAACCGUACACCACUGAUCCUAGUAGAUGACGCGGCUCCUUCACCGGUUUCUCGCCAUAAUAGACCGUCGCUAUUUGCCCUCUGCCUCGAUAUAUUCAAGUAGUAGAGCCAUCCAAGACACAGAUGGAUUCACUGGAGGCAAACAUGCCUGAGCGCCUCGGUCGACCUCGCGAACCCCUUCCAAAUCUGCGAGGUGAAGAUGAGACGGAGAUCAGAUAUCUGAUCGAUUUGAUCGAAACGCAAUCAUGGAUUCUCUCCCCCCUCAAAUGCCCCUCCUGCAUUCUCGGCCGCCACCCCCCACCCAAAGCCUCCGCCAACUCCAGCUCCAAACAAAAAGCCGUCGACCCUUCCACCGCUUUCUGCACCUCUCUCUACAGCAUCGAACAAGGCGGAGUAAGAAGCCUGGAACUGGGGCCUGAAAUGGGUAGCAGCAGGAAAGAGGCAUUGGGAAAUUUGUUGGGAGUCGUAGAGAUGGAAAUUGGACGUAUGAUGCUUAAUCAUCAUGCGAAGAAGGCGGCGAGGGAUGGGGGUGGGUCGGUUGGGAGUGGGAGUAUGGGGAGGGGUGAGAGGGGGUGA